UCUUCACUGGACCAGUGGGUAAAGGCAGGAUGAAGUGGCUGCUUUUGGUGGCUCUUUUUGGGCUGAGUGUGGCCCAACACAACCCUCACCUUAAGAGUGGACGCACCUCCAUCGUGCACCUGUUCGAGUGGAGGUGGGCUGAUAUUGCAGCGGAGUGUGAGCGCUUCCUUGGUCCCAAUGGCUUCGGAGGCGUUCAGAUUUCUCCUCCCAGUGAGCACAUUAUCUUGAGCAACCCCUGGAGGCCCUGGUAUCAGCGCUACCAGCCAAUUGGCUACAAACUCUGCUCCCGAUCAGGAAGUGAGACCGAGCUUCGUGACAUGAUCACCAGAUGCAACAAUGUUGGGGUGAACAUCUACGUAGAUGUUGUGAUUAACCACAUGUGCGGCUCUGGAGGCGGAGAGGGCACCCACUCCUCCUGUGGGAGCUGGUUCAGUGCUCCCCGUGAAGACUUCCCCAGUGUUCCCUACUCCAGCUUGGACUUCAACGACAACAAGUGCCACACAAGCAAUGGUGAAAUUCAGAACUACAACGACCCCAACCAGGUCCGUAACUGCCGUCUGGUGGGUCUGCUGGACCUUGCUCUGGAGAAGGACUAUGUCAGGGGUAAAGUGGCGGAGUACAUGAAUAAGCUUGUUGACAUGGGCGUGGCUGGGUUCAGAGUGGAUGCCUGUAAACACAUGUGGCCUGGAGACCUGCAGAAUGUGUACGGACGCCUCCACAACCUCAACACCAAGUGGUUCUCCAGUGGAUCCAGACCUUUCAUCUACCAGGAGGUUAUUGAUCUGGGCGGAGAGGCCAUCUCUGCCAGCGAGUAUUUCCACUUGGGCCGAGUCACAGAGUUCAAAUAUGGUGCCAAACUGGGAAAUGUGAUCAGGAAGUGGAACGGAGAGAAACUCAGCUACACCAGGAACUGGGGAGAGGGCUGGGGUUUCAUGCCCAACGGAGAUGCUCUUGUGUUUGUGGAUAACCAUGACAACCAGAGAGGACAUGGAGCGGGCGGAGCUUCCAUUGUCACCUUCUGGGAUCCUCGUCUCUACAAGAUGGCCACCGCUUACAUGCUGGCCCACCCCUAUGGCGUCACAAGGGUCAUGUCCAGCUACAGAUGGGAUCGUAACUUUGUCAAUGGAAAGGAUCAGAAUGACUGGAUUGGACCUCCCAGCUACAGUGACGGAUCCACCAAACCUGUUACCAUCAACGCUGACCAGACCUGUGGAAAUGGCUGGGUGUGUGAGCACAGAUGGAGGCAGAUCAAGAACAUGGUGAAAUUCCGUAAUGUGGUGAAUGGACAGCCUCACUCAAACUGGUGGGACAACCAGAGCAACCAGGUCGCCUUUGGACGUGGCAACCGCGGAUUCAUCAUCUUCAACAAUGAUGACUGGGCCCUUGACGUGACCCUGCAAACUGGCAUGCCCGGAGGAACAUACUGUGACGUGAUUUCGGGUCAGAAGGAGAACGGCAGGUGCACAGGCAAACAGAUCCAGGUGGGAUCAGAUGGACGCGCCAACUUCAAAAUCAGCAACCAGGAUGAAGACCCGUUUGUGGCCAUUCACGCCGAGUCCAAGCUGUGAACGACAUCGUGUUUUCACCCACAUAAUCUCACAUAACCUAAUAUCACAUAAUCUUUUUGAACAUUAACAUGUCCAGAGAUGUAUAGCCCAAAGCAAUAGUCAUAUUGAAGCCACAUUAUCUAUUGUCAAUUUGUUUGUAAAUGUGAUUAAUCGAAUAAAGCA